GCUCGGCUGGCUUGGGGCGCGGGCACCGACGCCGAUCCCGCAACGCCGUGGAGACUAGCGGCCACCGGGGCUCCGACCCGACCCGAGCGCUCCUGGAGGACGGCGGGAAACCGAGCUGAGCCCGGAGCAGCGCCGCGCGGGUGAGGACGCAAGGAACAGGCUUUGUCAACAGCCUGUGGCCCCUGAUCCCGCCCUGGUGCCCUGACCUUCCGACGAUACCUUCUCUGGUUUCACAAAAACAUCCCGGCUACCACGGCUACCACCCUGUACUCCUCCGAGCUACUGAAAGCGUCCGGGAGGCCCCUUGGGAACCUACUGUGGAAGCUCACUGCCUUCCUCGACCAGUGGCUGCUCCACCCAUCCUAGGGGCCCAGCUCCAGGUCUGCGGGUCCCUCAGCCGCCCCCACCCCCCGUGGGAAUUGGUGGAGCCUGAUGGAGCCAUGAGCACCCUAGUCACGUGUUCUGCCAGGGCAGGCACAGGAUAGUCCAUGGGUGCCAGCCCUGCUGAGCAACCGGGGCAGUGGAGCUCAAGUGGCCCCAAGCCCUGCUGGUGACUGGUGUGGCCCAACAGAUGGCUGUGGGAGGAAGGGGGUGGGUAGCUGGGGGCCAGGGAAGGCUGGCAGUUCACCUCGGGAGCCCUCCCAUCGGGCACCUCGGGUACCCUAAUCCUCAGCUGACUCCAAGGAGCUUGGUAACCUGGUCUGUGAAGGCAGAGGGUGGGGUCCCUGGUGGGGCACAGAAGCCCGGCCAGGCACUGCAGGCCCAGGAAGCUCAGAGUGGCACCUCCACUGCUGCCUCAGCACCCAGAGUUUAUGUCCACUCCUUCAGCCAACAAACGUAGAUCCUGGGCGGACUGGUGCCCAGGCAUCAGUGUCUCCUGGUGGGGGGAGAGGGCUGGGUGAGAUUGGGGUCUCCUGUAGAGGGGAGAGGAAUGGGUGAGAUCAGGGUGUCCUGUUGGGGGAGAGGGCUGGGAGAGAUCAGGGCCUCCUGUCGGGGGAGAGGGCUGGGUGAGAUCAGGGUCUCCUGUGGGGGGAGAGGGCUGGGAGAGAUCAGGGCCCCCUGUUGGGGGAGAGGACUGGGUGAGAUCAGGGUCUCCUGUGGAGGAAGACGGCUGGGAGAGAUCAGGAUCUCCUGUGGGGGGGAGAGGGCUGGGUGAGAUCAGGGUCUCCUGUUGGGGGAGAGGGCUGGGAGAGAUCAGGGUCUCCUGUGGGGGGAGAGGACUGGGUGAAAUCAGGGUCUCCUGUUGGUGGAGAGGGCUGGGAGAGAUCAGGGUCUCCUGUGAGGGGAGAAGACUGGUGAGAUCAGGGUCUCCUGUGGAGGGAGAGGGCUGGGUGAGAUCAGGGUCUCCUGUGGGAGGAGAGAACUGGAUGAGAUCAGGGUUUCCUGUUCGGGGACAGGGCUGGGUGAGAUCAGGGUGUCCUGUGGGGUGAGAGGACUGGGUGAGAUCAGGGUUUCCUGUUGGGGAAGAGGACUGGGUGAGAUCAGGGUCUCCUGUGGGUGAAGAGGACUGGGUGAGAUCAACAGAGGAGGGUCCCUUCUUCCCUUCAGGCAGCAAAGCCGCUUCCCUUGUGAGCUGGUGUCUCACCGUCAUUGAUGUGGUGUGGGGUCCCCACUUGGGAAGUUAAACUGUGCCCUGUCCCAGGACCACAACCGGCUCAGCCCUGCUCUCCAGGCUGGGCUCUCUCCUGGAGGCUCAGCUGGCUCCACCCAUCCCUGUUGAGAUAAGCAGCUGGAGUGUCCCUACCCACAUGGGACCCACUGCCCUCAGGAAAUGGAAAACCUCAGUCUCACUAUCAGACCCAGUGGAGAACUGCCCCCAUCCCACCUCUUGUAUUCAGAGGCCCUGACCCCUAGAGAUCCCGGACAAGGGGUGCCUUGAUGGGGAGCCCACCUGUGGCCUGUGGGAGCUGGGCUGUGGGGGGCAAUCCUCCAGGAUCCCCAGCCCCAUGUUCCCAACCUUCUGUUGAGGUUGGGAGGACACAGAGAGCCCCCCUCCCUUCUCCUCCCCACUCCUAGGCCCUGAGUGCUUUAAAAAAAGGCCUAGGGGACUGGGCAGCCCACCCCUCCCUCACCUCGAUGGGGUCUCUAGACUGAGCGCCCAGCCGGAAGGCAGGCCCUGGAGUGGAGGCCCUCAUGUGUGGUGGCACCAUCUCCUCUCUCUCGCUAGCUUGGGGUGUUCCCAGUGGCUCUGGGGUUGACACAGCAGUCAUUGAAAUGACUCCUGUUUCUCUGGCAGAGUUGUAGGGUCAGAGCCAGGCUUGGCCACACUGCGUUCUAAGGGGCUGUCAUUUUGCCCAGGGAGCUCCUGGCUGGACUGCUUACCCCUGGGGCCAGCACGCAUCCCCCAUAUCCCAUUGCAGGGCCCCAAGGCAGGGAACAGCUUAUCGGUCGGAGUCCUUCCUCCCCAGCCCUGGCCUGCAUCUCCACCGUCCACCGUGCUCCAGCUGCCCCUUGUACCUCUCCCUGCCCCUUGCCCAGAGCCUCUGGCCCCUCCUGCACUCCUGAGCCUGUCCAUCUAGCAGUACCCCUCCUCCAGGGCCCCUCUGGGUGGGGGUGCACACAGUGGGGAGAGGCAGCCCCUGCUGCUCUUCGCCCAGCCUGGUGCAGUGGCCAGUGCUGCCCAGGGCAGUGGCAGUGGAUGGGGCUGUUUGAUUAGAAUCAGGGAAGAUAAGGCCCCUUGUGUGACCCCAAAGCUGGGGAUGACAAAACUGCCCCUCCUGCCCCACCCACCUGCUGCUCUGUCAAGAGAGAGCCCCCAAUUCUGUGGUUCCUUGGUCCCCAGCACUAAGCCUGCCGGACUCCUCACCUGGCUCAGGGACUGGGCGUCAGUGACACACAGGUCCUGCCUCCCAUUAGCCCCUUCAUGAGCCCAGGGCCCAAGGGCUGGGGUUGGGAGCCCCUUAGCAGGCUGUGACACAGGUGCCUGUCCCUGUCAUUCAGCUGUCAACCUGCAUGGCACAUCUCAGGCCCCGUUAGCGGGAGGAGCCCCAGGUGAAGCUGGCCCCACUCAGGAUCACCCAGCCACUGCCUGGAGGAGGCUAAAAUCCAGGCUGUACUGUGGUGGCCCAUGUCCAGCCCUGCCCAGAAACCCUCUGCUCCAACUGCAGCCUUUGCCCCUCCUUACCCCUCUCCCUGGUACUGCCUUCCAGCUGGCCAGCCCUCCAUCUGCCCAGCCAUCCAUCCACACCUCUUACUCUGAGGGUGCCCCAAAGAAGAGCCCAUCAUAGUCCGGGGGCUCACAGCCAGCCACUCGCAGGACCCUGUACACAUACCCCACAGGAAGACCCUCCCUGCGUCUCCCACGGAAUUCGGUGUGUUCAAAAACUGGGCUCCAUAGCAGUGUAAGGCCGAUUUCUGGGGCUGUUGCUGCCCCGAACUCCCAGCUCAGAUGCUGGCUCUGGCCUGGGACCAGGCGCUGUGCCUCCUGCAGCCCCAGCAGGCACCACGAAGGCUGUCCUCCUCACCCUGUGCCCCCACCCCAGGCCAGCUCCUCCUUUGAGCCGGCGCUGGCAGUGCUAAUCUCAAAGGAAUGUGCAGCCAGCCAGUGGCAUCCCAGGGACCCAGGAAGCCCAGCUGAGCCUUGCACAGCACCCCUGGGGCAUCGAGGCACUCCAUUGCUGGGCAGGGGGCAUGCAUGCAACAGACCCCCACACUUGGGGGUGGGGCCCACACUUGGCCUGGCGCAGCUGCAAGCCAGCCCAGCCACCUUGCUCACCGUGACCCUGGGGCCAAGUGAUGGAAGGUCCAGACACUGCCACCCUCACGCUUGGCACGUUGGCUCGUCAGUCUGGCAAGCCAACUUUCCCAGGGGCUAAGAAUAGGUGAGGAGAAUGGUGAGGACCAACCAGCCGGGGGCUGUCAACUGAGAGAGGAGGUCAGCAUCUGGGGAGGCUGGUCCCCCCCAAGACCAUUGGGCCACCUGACAGGAUGGUGGCUGCCACCAGCACUGAGACAAGGGUCUCUGGGACCCUGAGAGCUCCCAGCCAGCCAGUCCUGGGUGACAAAAAAGCCAGCUCCACCAGGGGAGAUGGUGCAGCCCCCAUGACCCUAGUCAAGACCUCCUGGCACGUGGGGGCUGGUCAGGUGGCCCGAGCUCCCCCUGUCAAAAAGUGGCCCUUCCUGGGGUCUCCUCCCUCCCAGCUCCCUCUAUCCAUAGGACCCUGAGGCUCAGAGGAGCAGCUUAACGGGAGAAGGACGCCCCCCUGGCCAGGACUCCCCAGGCUCUGCCACUCAGCAGCCCUCAGAGAAGCGUGCACACCCACCAGGACUGAGUGGCCCCAGACGUGCAGUCCCUGCCAGAUGUUGGGGGCAGCUAGCUGCCCAGAGGAAUGCCUCUCUUCCAGCCACGCCAACCUUUGCUGCUGCUGCUACUGCUGGUCUGUCAGCCACAGGCCCCCUCUGCUCAGGUGAUGGACUUCCUAUUUGAGAAGUGGAAGCUCUACAGUGACCAGUGUCACCACAACCUGAGCCUGCUGCCCCCUCCCACUGAGCUGGUCUGCAACAGAACCUUCGACAAGUAUUCCUGUUGGCCGGACACUCCCCCAAAUACCACAGCCAACAUCUCCUGUCCCUGGUACCUGCCUUGGCACCACAAAGUGCAACACCGCUUCGUGUUCAAGAGAUGUGGGCCCAAUGGGCAGUGGGUGCGAGGACCCCGGGGGCAGCCUUGGCGAAAUGCCUCCCAGUGCCAGAUAGACGGCGAGGAGAUUGAGGUCCAGAAGGAGGUGGCCAAGAUGUACAGCAGCUUCCAGGCAAUGUACACGGUGGGCUACAGCCUAUCCCUGGGAGCCCUGCUCCUCGCCUUGGCCCUCCUGGGGGGCCUCAGCAAACUGCACUGCACCCGCAAUGCCAUCCAUGCCAACCUGUUUGCAUCGUUUGUGCUGAAGGCUGGCUCCGUGCUGGUCAUUGACGGGCUGCUCAGGACCCGCUAUAGCCAGAAGAUCGGGGACGACCUCAGUGUCAGCAUCUGGCUCAGUGAUGGAGUGAGCCCCCCGCCCCAGGUGGCCCCACAAAGGCAGGUGGGUGGGUGGGCAGGUGGCCACGUGGCCACGCUCACACUGCACCUGUGCCAGGCAGUGGCCGGCUGCCGUGUGGCUGCGGUGUUCAUGCAUUAUGGCAUCGUGGCCAACUACUGCUGGCUGCUGGUGGAGGGCCUGUACCUUCACAGCCUGCUGGGCCUGGCCACCCUCCCCAAGAGGAGCUUCUUCCGCCUCUACCUGGGCAUCGGCUGGGGUGCCCCCAUGCUGUUCGUCAUCCCCUGGGCGGUGGUCAAGUGUCUGUUCGAGAACAUCCAGUGCUGGACCAGCAAUGACAACAUGGGCUUCUGGUGGAUUCUUCGGUUCCCCGUCUUCCUGGCCAUCCUGAUCAACUUAUUCAUCUUCAUCCGCGUUGUUCAUCUACUCGUGGCCAAGCUGCGAGCACGGCAGAUGCACCACACAGACUACAAGUUCCGGCUGGCUAAGUCCACGCUGACUCUCAUCCCCCUGCUGGGGGUCCACGAAGUGGUCUUCGCCUUUGUGACAGACGAGCACGCCCACGGCACCCUGCGCUCUGCCAAGCUCUUCUUCGACCUCUUCCUUAGCUCCUUCCAGGGCCUGCUGGUGGCUGUCCUCUACUGCUUCCUCAACAAGGAGCUGCCUCGGGCAAUUUGCAGGCCACCUAGCAGAUUGAAGCAGGAAGAAAUGAGCCUGAACAUUGCCACGAGUCCAGGUGAAGGGGCAGUGCCCGAUGUCUCAGCUCUGCACAGCCGCCAUGCCACACAGAAAGGUCCGGCCCAUGCCGGGCCUCGUGCUACCAUGUGGUGGGGGAGCACCCUGCUUGCCAGCCAGCUACCAUGUGGUGGGGGAGCACCCUGCUUGCCAGCCAGGGAGCACCAGGAAAGAGCUGCCUCUUGUACACAGGAGGUGCUUCAGGGUGGGGGCUCCCAUUGUCUGGGGCACACCCUGAGUCUAAGGUCCCCGGGACCACACAGCAGGGGUGGGGACAAGUCCAGCGUGGAUGCCCAUGAGAUCAGCCCUCCGGGUGGUCCCUGCAACAGGCGCUGUGAGACCUGCUGAGGUGUGUGCAUGGGCUGGGGAAGGAGCCAGCCAGGUGGCCCUGCUCUGAGGAGCUGCUGGGAGGUGCGGCUAGGCCCUGGGGGAGGGGGUGCUCACAGCCCCCGCCUGGGCCAUGUGGGCUGGAGCCACUCAGGCAGAGCCGGACUAAUUGGAGCAAAUGAGGGUACAGGAGGCUGCUGAGGAAAGGUAAAUAGAAUUACUCACCCGCCAGGCACUGGGGCCCUCCUGGGGGGGCCUCACCCUGCCACCCACCACAGGGCCUUUGUGCAAGCCUGGGGCUCUGUGGUUACUGUGAUUGGUGGGGGCUGCAAGGCCAGGAGAUGGUCCCUCCAGCAGCACCUGCUAGAGGCCUGUGGUCUUUGCCCUUAAGACUUCAGGCCAGCUAUACGCCCCACCAGCCUCAGGUCCUGGCUCUCCUCUGAGCCCUGGAUGCCCAGAUGCCCGUGUGGGGACGAGGCUGUUCUGAGUCAGCACAGGGAGGUUGGCAUUCUCCGUCAUGCCAGCUGAGCUCAAGGCUGGUAACUGCCCUGGGGAGUGUGCCCCUCACCUGGGGCUUCCUGACAACCCUCCCUAUCCCGAGUCCCUCUGCCCUUAUCCUCUUUCACCCCUAUCCAGUCCUCAUCCCUAAGGGAACUGGAGCAGGCUGGUGGAGUCUGGCAGAGUUGGGGGCCUGGCAGGGGCUGGACUCACCUCUGCAAUAAACACUGGCCCUAACCAGGCAGCCCCGCAGGCAGGUAGGUGGAGGGACCCACCUUUUUUUUUUUGGAGACAAGAGUCUUGCUCCGUUGCCCAGGUUGCAGUGCAGUGGCAUGAUCUCAGCUCACUACAAUCUCUGCCUCCCAGGUUCAAGUGAUUCUCUGCCUCAGCCUCUCUAGCAGCUGGGAUUGCAGGCAUGCACCUCAACACCCAGCUAAUUUUUGUAUUUUUAGUAGAGACAGAGUUCUGUCAUGUUGGCCAGGCUGGUCUUGAACUCCUGACCUCAAGUGAUCUGCCCACUGCAGCUUCCCAAAGUGCUGGGAUUACAGGCGUGAGUCACCACACCCAGCUGUAACCCAUUUUUUAACUCAGUCCACAGCAUCUCCCUCCAACUUGGGCCCUUUGCCCAUUCCCCAUCUCUACCUCCCCUCCCACCUCUACCUCCAGUGCCUCAGCCCAGUUCCUGCAGAGGAAUGCAUGGGUAUUGCCAGCAGGGUGUGUGUGUGUGAGAGCACACUGCACAGGGAAGGGCCCGUGUAAACAUGAAGGGAAACGAAUACCUGUGUGUGUCCAGUGGGGAAGGUAUGCGAUGCCCAGUAUCCCAAAGGGGUAUUUGCAAGAGCUGUGUGUGGUCUGCGUGCAUGGCUGGGAGGGAGAGGACUCUGACCACCCGGAAUCUGGUGUGUGCACACACAUACACUACUGAGAGUGGAGACCAAGAACAAGGAAAACAGGAACUACAUCAAGGGGAUCUAGGACAGUGAGUGGUGUGCCACAGGAAUGGGGACCUUGAGCCUGGCAGAAGGCUCAGGAGAGACACCCUCAAGGGGAUGAACGUGAUUGAAUGCACUAAGAUGUAGAGGAGAGAGUUCACACCUAAGUGACUAGUACAUGAAAACUAAACAAAUGAAAAAAGAAGGCAAAUAGUAACUCCAAAGAAAAGAAAGUUGGUCAGAAAAGAACAAAAGGAGCAGAAUUUGCCACAUGACUCAGUUCUGAAUACCAACACAGACAUCGUAAUGUAAACACUAACACUGAUGUAACUAAAAUCAAAGGCAAAAAAACAACUAGGGACAGUGGUGGACAGGAAUAUUUUGUUAUGUACUGGGGAUGCGGGAGAGAACAAAAUGAGGAAAGCAUGAAGUCACAAUCCACGUUAGAAAUAAAAAUACAGACCAAAAUUUAAAAACACAAAAAUGAAGAGUUCAAAGUGGUCAUUUCUAGGCAAGGUGGGUGGGAGAUGCCUGAGGGUGCAGGUCCACUUGAGCUGCCUCAGCCUCCCCCAGACACCUGUACUCCUCCCCCUGCACUCACUCAGCCCUGAUUCUCCCCCUGCACUUCCUCAUCCUCUCCCAGCAUUCACUCAGCCCUGAUCCUCCCCCUGCACUCCCUUAUCCUCCCCCUGCACUCACUCAUCCUCUCCCUGCACUCAGCCCUGAUCCUCCUCUGCACUGACUCAGUCCCAUCCUCCCUCUACACUCACUCGGCCCUGAUCCUCUUCUGCUUGCUCUUUGUCUGACCUUGCUCUUCACUGUUUCUUUUUCUACCUCCUCUCCCUGUUGUGUCUAGGGAAAAAGCACCACC